AUGGGCUGGUGUCCUGGUCAGUGUUACCGUGUGUACCAUGUGCGUUACAGCCAACACGGACCAGGACACCACCCACUCUACCGUCCUCCAGAUUGGUAUCCGCAGCAUGUCACCGUGGUCCAGAAUGAGACAAGCGCUGCCGUUACCUUUAACCUGGCUCCUCAAAACCUGGACAUCAAGAGCUACUUCUCAGUUUGUUAUUUAAAUGUUGUACAAACACAAACCAAAGUGGACAUUACACCGAAUCUGAGCUCUAACAAAACACAUCACACGUAUGAGCUGCACGGGCUCCAAAAGGGACAGAACUACACGUGUGAGAUCGCUGCAGAUGUCAUUGACGCUGUGAGAAAAACAUUUAUCAUUCGAGUUGAGAACAAAGAAUCGGAAGCUCCUCGUUCCAAUGUACCUUUGGCUCUUCUGCUUCCACUGGUCUUGGUUCUUGCUGCUAUAAUCAUAUUCUUAGUGGUUUUUACUUUGACAAAAGCCAAGAUGAAAAUGUUUAAGCUGCACAUUACACCAGAUUCUAAAAUCCUGAAGCAGCAUCUUGAGAGUCAGACCCAAGCAGAGGUUCUACCAUGGCCCAAGACCCAAGCAUCCACUCCCAAGCUGCUGAUCUGCUACAGCGGUUCUGACGGCCCAGCUCACGUUAAAGCAGUCAUGACGUUAGGAGCGUUCAUCCAGCAGCACAUGGCCACACAGGUUUAUCUUGACCUGUGGGAUUCUCUAAGUGUGGCACGGGAGGGCAGUCUGGCUUGGCAUAGUCGACAGAUCCGAGAGUGUGACUUUGUGUUGGUGGUUUGUUCCCCGGGUCUAAGCCACAGUCUCACAACUAGAGAACUCAUUGAAAACCCGGAGGAAGACGAGUCCAGCUGGGAGUCGAGCAACUCCAGUGCAGAGGCAGUUAUCGGUCUGAUUGGGGCUGAAGUCUGCCGUGCUAAAGCCAGGGGCCAGGACCUGUCCAAGUACAUGGCUGCCAUUUUUGAUUACUCAGAAGAAUCCGAUUUCCCCACAGAGCUGAGCCUUGUGUCUCAUUAUAAUCUGACCAGUGACUUUCCUCUGCUCUUCUCUCACCUGCACGGAGUGUCUCUGCAUAGGCCUGGAGGCUACCUGAAGAUCAGCCACAUUUCAGAAGAAGGCUUCACUAAGCUUCCAGCUGGGGCUGCUCUGCAGAUGGCCAUCCGUGACGCUGAGAUAAUGAAGGCAAGAAGACAAGCAGCUGUACAGAACUAG